CCGAGCAACACAUCCGUGAUAAUUUCGAUCUUCAGGGGGUUGAAGACCGCCUGAAGAAGUCUAUCACGGCUGUGGAGGUUGUGGCAGCCGGUACAGACGCCUCCAAAUUGAUUGCACAGGGGCGACAAACUCUAGACCAGUUUGCUUUGAAGCAACUGGAAGAGAGUAUGGAAGCUACUCGUAAAGGGGAGGCGAAACCAGAAGUAAGUGAGGAAACAAUUGAUGCUAACAUCCAACAGCUCAGAGAUACUCUGGCUUCUGAAGAAAGGAAGAAAGAGGAAUUAGCCCGAAAAAGAGAACAGGAACAUCGAAGAGGUCAAAAGGUUAGAGAGAUUAGACAAGUGAUAGGAACAGAAGUAGGUGAACAGACUGACAUAUCACGAACGUUGGCUCACAUUGUGACAUAUCUUACCUUUCUUGAGGAGAAGAUUGAUAGACAGCAAAAUCAGUUGGAUGAAAUCACUGUUGGAUUAAGAAAAAUUGCUAAUAUUGUGAAAGAAAUCCAGACGUAUGUGAGUACCACACCGGUCGAACCGGAGUCUCAAGUCGCGUUCACCACUUCUUGCAUGGGUGGUGAGGCCAAGCAAUGGGUGUUGGCCGAGGCAAAUGCGGCGGGUUUCGAAGACAUCGGUGAGUGGGCGAAGACAUUGACGCUGAAGCAGUUCUUGGCCAAAACCAAGGACCGUUUCCUCGACAAGACGACGGCCGACAAGGCCUUUGACCAGUUGACGUCAAUUGGUCAAAAGCAUUGGACGUCAGUUGAGGAUUUGUCCCGAGAAGUUGACCGAUUAUUGCAGGUUCCCGGAUUGAACCUGCAGGACAACCAAGUGUUGUAUAUCUAUUCCCGCGCGUUGCCUGAGCCCAUCCGGAGACACUUAGUCACUGAAGCGAAAUCCGGUAAGUACAACUACAGGCAAUUUCGUAACCUUGCCCUGCAGAGGGAACAGAUGACCUCUCAAGUCAAAAGUUCCUAUGCAGCGGUAGUUAAAUCUGGAGGAGGAGGAGGUGGACAAUACAACGGGAAACGAGUUCUCUGGCGACAGAAGCGCCAAGACCACACACUUGUCGUCUUUGGCGACGACACAGUGGAAAUGUGGCCAAACGAGGAGAAUGAUAACAACAGUGACUCCGGGAAGAGGGAAGUCACUGCUGUUGUGGCCAAUAAGGGAGGGCCACCCAGGACAGGAGGGAAGAAACAAAGAGCGUUUCCAUGGCACCCUGGCAUUGCUGAUGGGAAGCCAUGGGUGGAAAUGGGUAUGACUAGAAAGACUUGGCAGGAGCGCAUGGACAAUGCGCAAUGUCUCAAGUGCGGCACACCGGGACAUGUGAUCGCCUAUUGCCCUCAGAUCCGAAACCCAAAAGCGAACAGCCAAUUAGACUUUAUGCAGAACUCUCUAGACCAGAUCUUGGACCUUUUGCAAAGGCCAGGAUUUAGGCCGGCAGCACAGUCACCGUUGCCAUUAACGGCGAUGUCAGGCCCCUAUCCGAUACAAGCUGGCACACAACCAAGUGGUACGUCUGCAGCAGCCGCACAGACUGUUGCUUCUUCUUCUUCUGGUCCAACGGUGUUAGCUACACAACCACCGCAACAACUUGUUCCUCCACAGGGACAGCCGCAAGGUCAAUGGUACCCUAAGACCCCAAUGAAACCGCCUCUUGCCUUCUCAGGUGAGAAGAAGGACGAAGAACUCAACACUUGGUUGAGAACAGUUCCGGUUUGGGUAAAGGCGAAGAGGACCUUGCAGGAGGAGGAGGUGAUUACUGCUGCAUCUUACCUCGAGGGUAAGGGAGCCAAAUGGCUAGAUGGUCUAGUUGCAAAGGCCGGGUAUGGACGACGUAUGGCGGACUGGGCUAAGUCAAUUACGUUAGACCAGUUCAUGAAAAUGGUAGAAGCUCGAUGGCAUAAUCCACAGCAGGUGCAAAUGGCCACUGAUGCGAUGCACAGACUAGAACAAAGAAAAUUCAAGUCAGUCAGGGAGCUUACGACUACCGUGGAGAGCCUUAUCGUCGUCCCUGGCAUCAACUACGAUAACCAGUUCCUGUUGACCACAUUUGUGAGAUGUCUUCCAGAGAACCUCAGGAAUUUGCUGGCCAGUGAGGCUCGCCUCGAGUAUCACUCGUUUGAGACAUUAUCUAGAAAAGCCUUAGACUUAGAGGCCACUCUAGGAAAUGCUCGACCUACUCAGAAUGAUGCGAGGAAGAAGAAAAGUCCACAGGAAUGGAAGAAGAAGGGGCCUAAAUUGAUGAUGAUUGAGUCCGAUGGGACUCAAACAGAGAUCGAUGAGCUCACAGACCUGCUGGACGUUUCAGAGUACGACGGCGAGGAGAUCGCUGAGGGUAGCAUCCUCGCCGCAGUAGUCAAGGCUAAGGCGGGUGGCCGAGGGAAGGGCCAUCCAAAGAGUCAAGGGAAGGCCGCCUCCAAUCAGACCAAAGUGGUUGAUUGGGUCAAGGCAGGUCUUGAUCAAGAAGUGCGGCGGGACCGCCGAAAGCCAUUCAUAGUGACCACUGACGCAAGCCAAUACGGCAUUGGCGCAGUGCUGGCUCAGCAGGAUGGGAAGAAGUUGAGACCGAUUGAGUACAUGAGCAAGAAAAUGCCAUCGAAGAAACUGGCGAAGUCCACCUAUGAAAGGGAACUCUAUGCUUUCUACAAAGCACUUGUCCAUUGGAGACACUUCUUAUUGGGAAGGUUCUUCUACUUGAGGACUGAUCAUCAGACCCUCAAAUGGAUCAAGACUCAACCGCCUCUCUCUGAUGCACUCAAGCAAUGGAUUGAAGUCAUAGAUCAGUAUGACUUCAAGCUAGAGUAUCUGAAGGGAGAGUACAACAAGGUUGCAGAUGCGCUAUCACGUAGGGCAGACUACCUAGGGGCGCUAGUUUCUAACUUUGGUGUAUCUGAGGAAGUAACUCAAUCGUUGGUGGGAUCCUAUCAGGAAGACCCUGUCACGAUGGACAUCAUACGCAAACUUCAAGCAAAAGACAAGGCCACGGAAAAUGAGUUUGUGAUGCUGGACGGGCUUCUCUAUCUUGAUAAGGUCGAAGUUAAAAGGUUAGUCCUUCCAUCUAGUGAACGUUUGCGUAGUUUAUUUCUAGGAGAAUGUCAUGACGCAACCGAACACUUUGGAUACGAAAAGACGAGUGCCAAUCUAGUACAACGAUUGUGGUGGCCUGGAAUGCUAGAUGACACAAAGAAGUAUGUAGAGACCUGUCAGGUCUGUCAGCGGGACAAGCUGCGAACUCAAGCACCGCUUGGGUUGUUGAAGCCCUUACCUAUCCCCGCUGGUCCAGGACAGAGUGUCUCCAUGGAUUUCGUGGACACCCUGGUGACCAGUAAGAGUGGCAAGAGGCACAUCUUCGUCAUCAUCGAUCGAUUCACCAAGUACGCUAGACUAGUUGCCAUGCCAGAGACCGCAAGGACUGACCAUGUCAUCAAGUUGUUCAUGGACAACUGGGUGCGUGACUUCGGUUUACCAAAGUCAAUCGUUAGUGACAGAGAUGUCAGUUUCACAAGUGAGCUAUGGAAGAAGACUGCUGAGCAAAUGGGGAGUCAAUUUCAGAUGACUUCAGGGAAUCAUUCCGAAGCCAACGGACAGGCCGAGCAGAUGAACAGAGUUGUACAACAUCUGCUAAGGCAUUACAUCAAGCCCAGCCAGGAUGAUUGGGAUGAGAAGUUGCCUUUCAUCGCCAGCCUGUACAACAAUGUUGUACACAACAGUACCGGCGUUAGUCCUAAUCAGCUGCACUUGGGAUGGAAGCCUAGAUCAGCACUAGACUUCCUCCUACCUGAAAAUCGACCCUCUGCUCCUCCAGGCACACUUGAGUAUGGUGUGCAGUAUGAGAAGUUGCUGCAGCAAGCUGUCGAGCACAUCAAGAAAGCUCAGCAAGCAAUGAUUGCUUCUGAGAACAAGCAUCGACGACAGUCCUCAUUUCAGGUAGGGGAACGCGUCUGGGUCAAGGCUCAGCAAACCUCCUUCAAUCGUGAUCUUCUGUCAGGUGCUGACCUGGCACCCAGGUGUUCGAGACCAACUGGGAGGGAGGAAGUGAAGUACGUUGACGGGUUAAGUGCUGCUACGGACUACGAGAGGCAAAUUUUGGUGGUGGCAUCACGUUUCGUUGAGAAGAAGCGCGUCGUGAUGGCUACGGCAGAGGAAGGGGGUGGGAAAGGAGGAGGUGGAGGUGAGCAACCACCGAGGCAUGGACCUUCUAUCUGUUAUGGUUGCGGGAAGCCGGGGCACUUUAAAUUUGAAUGUUGGAAGUAUUCGAAGAUGGAGGAAGGGAAGCUGGGCUCUCCUACUCGGAAGUGGGAAAAGGGAGCUUCGUCAUCUACGAGUGGCGGAGGUGGAAGUGAAUCGGGUGCGAUGCCUGGAGCACGACGCGACUUGACGAUCCCGAGGUAUCUGCUGGUACGGGACACACAUGAGGACGACCUUGUCAGAGGAGCGGAGCUGAUUUUACGAGUUCGAGAUGAAUCUCCUACCGAAUGGAUCGGUUUCAUUGGAUUGCUUCGAAAUGGCGAGGGAUUCUUCCCUAACUCUCGCGCGGAUUUCAGAGCCAGUACGGCUCGAACUCCCGACGAGUUUUACGGGUACGAUUUGCCCCGCAUGGAGGGGCAUGUCAGAUGUUGGCUUAGUGAUAUCGUGAAGUUAAGCCAGAUGUUGUCCAAUCCAAAAAACAUCCCGAGGGGACUGAAGAAAGGAACGGUGGGAAGUUUGAAGAAGGAGAUUGAAGAGGGUUUCUCGUUCUGGAAACAGGGGAGGUCGACCAACGUGGAAGUUAGCUUGGCGGAGGUGCAGUUGUGUAUGAAUGACAGGGUACAGGUAGAGGGAGAAUUGUGCAUUGAUGAGUGGGGACCGCCACCGAAGACUGAACGACAUAAAGGGAGAGGCAGGCAUAUGAGAGGGCGGAGAUGUGGUACACGGAGGAUUCCGUACCAUCUCGAUGGAUGGGGAAUUUCGGUGGAGGAGGUUGAGGARCUGAGCGAGAAGGCGGCAACUAUCAAUCUCGRGAYGRAYAUACGGAAAAGGGAGACAACARAUGAAKAAUCCCUUUCUACGCCUCCUUCACUUAUUAGACAUCGGACGCGUACUCGAGGGAGACCAAAAGGUACGAAUAAGAAGAUGAAGACAAGCUUGAAACCGGUUACGAUGAGAAGCCUGAGGGAGAAAUCCGAUCCAUCCAAGAAAGGUGCAUGUGCUGGAGUUGGGAAAGGAUCGAGGGCAAAGUUUGUGGAAGACACGAGAGUAUACCUUGAUGGCAUGGACUACAACAUCAUUCAACGGAUGUGCAAAGCCGAAGGUUUACCCUAUGUUCGCAAGCCGCAAGCAGUGAUCGCGUUGGCCGAGAAGAGAGCGAUGCUUGCGUAUGACCAGAGGGGUGAUGAGUCGGAGCAGGAGAAAGACAAAGGUAAGGAAGAGAGUGAAGUGUCAAGUGAAAGCGAGUCGGAAUCGUCGGAGAACUCGGCGACUGAAUGAAGUAGACAGCAUCGAGAAUCGUUGUGGUGCAAGUUCCGAGAACUUGUGAGUCUUAGAGCAAAUCGCGUUGGUAUCUGUGCACAACUAGA